GCACUGCAUCCGCGACGCAUCAUAGCCUCACUGAGAGGAGCUUCUUACAAGCCCGUCCUAAAUCAGUGUAUUUCCUGGUGACUGAUCUAGAGGCUCUACUUGGCCUCAUACGCUGCAGGAAUCGUCGCUGCACACUGUAAUUGUGGAAACUUUCGGUCUCUUUCGGUGCUGUUCCUGGCCGAGAAACCUUGGUCCAACCUUUGACUUUAUCACAUCUCUCACUCGAGAAGCUGCAACAAUUCAACUUCACGGUGCGAAUCCGUCUUUCAACAACUUGAGCGAGGACCUGUUUGGCGAGGGAUAUUGCCUAAGAGACACUAUCGGGACAUCCGUGUCGCAAGCAUUCGCCCAGCGCACUUCUACCUUGCUCAGCUGCAGCCAUGUUCAGGACAGCCGCUAAGAAGAUCGCUCAUAACACUAUGAUACCCGUCCUUGGUGCAAACAAGGACCUACGCUCUCUGCAGGAUCUCAUUACGGCAGAGAAGGCUGUGCUUAACUCUCUGGAGAGACUAAGCGCAGAUCUUGCGAAGGCCUCAGAAGCAUUGAAGGCGUGGGGCUUGGGUGAAGGUGACGAUCUCGGGGACACGCUCACUAUGUCAUGCGUGCUGUAUCAACACUUCGCAGAAGCACUCAAGAAUUAUGCUGGUCAUGAAGUGUCUGUGCGAGAACACAUGAAGGCUGUACGCUCGCGCGAGGAGCGCCUCGAUGAGCUCCGCAGACACCGGAAAAGCGUCGUUUCCGAGGCGGACUCUGCGGAGAGGAAGCUAUCCAAGAUGAAUCCUGACAGCAAGAACCUGCAGGCGCAGACCGAUCAUCUCAACAAGCUGAGAGACGAGAUCAGGAUUAUAGACAUGGACAUCAUGGCCGAAGAGGCAAGUCUGAGCGACUUCAAGCGUUCCACCGCCAAGAUAUGGAUGGGCCUGAAGUUCGGUGGUCUCGUUGAGUGCUCACAGAAAGGCGUUAUCAUCGGAGAGACAGGAAAGAUGAUCAUUGCUGAAAUUCCCCUAGAGACAACGGAUCCUGGCCUCCCGCGAGCCACCUAUCAUGGCUACGCCCGGACGGAAGCUCUCCUCGACCACGCUCGGCGCACUCUCAAUGAGGUCAUAUUCUUCCCCGAGCCAGAUCAAGAAGCACUGCAGCAACCUAUCAUAGCGAGGGCCUUCUCCAGCCCUGAGCUGCCUGCCAUUCCGAACCGACAAUCGAGCAUAAGCCAGUUCGCACUGGCAGGCCCUACCAGCCGCCGCGAUUCAGCCUCAAUGUCAUCAACGUACGUGAUGUCCCAGCCAGACGAGCACCAGCUCCAGUCCUCCCCGCGGAACAGCCAGCAUGUCCGCUCGUCCCAGUUCGACCCAAGCUACUCCAGCUUCCCGAUGCCGCCACAGGCGCCGUUUACACAGCUAGGGACGCAACUGGAGCAGACGCCCUCAUACGAGGAUCUGCAUCUCGUGGGCUCCCCUCCGCCUGUCAAUGAAGCCGAAUUCGGCAUUCUGUCGGCGGGUAUGCGUUCUCCGCGUGCCAGCUCGGUGCCCAGCCCACGCUUCUCCACUGUGCCUGCCAGAGCGGUCGGCCCGCGCCCUCUGCGAGGCCCGUCUGCGACUGGCGCUGCGCGCGGCUCUGCAUACGGCACACUUCCAUUACGAAUGGAUGGGCGGCCGCCUUCACUCGAUGUCAACCCGCAGGACUCGUUCUCGUCCAGCAUCGCCGAGGCGCUGGGGGAGGAUUUCGAAAUUGGCCAGGAGAGGGCAGAUCCGUCAUCGCUUGAUCCACCGAGCAAGAACGGGCAGGAGAAGAAGCGUCCAAGUAUGGACUCGCACAAAUCGUAUUCGCCGCCUCCGCCGCAGUACUCGGCAGCCGUGGCCGGGACGUCUUACGACCCGCACCGAGGUAGUACUGAAGGGAGGCAGCCAGAGGCGCAAUCGUCGUACACGUCUUCACCUCUCGAGCCUCCUGCCUCUGCAAUCGGACGCGAGAAUAGAAGGGUGACCUUCGAGAGUUCACCACCUGCGGAAAUACGGCCACCCGCGGCCCAGGAGCCUGAGAGCGCAGAGCAGGACAGGAACAGCGAAGGAGCGCAUUCAGUGACCACGUCAAAUAGCAUGACUACUGAUGAAGGGUCGUCACAGAACCCAUUCGAAAACGAAAACAAUGAGGUGCUUCCGCAAGAGCAAAUCCCAGAAACACAAGAAUCAGCAGCAGCGGCCGCCGUCCCGCCACUACCUGCGCGUUCGCCAACCCCGCCGAUCGACGACCGCUCGCUCAACGCAGUCGCCGCACGCGAAGUCUCCCGCGAACUGGACUCGCUCAUGUUCAACCCCGCUCCCGCUCCCGCGCCCACAGCCUCUCCUCCUGCUACUAACCGGACCCCGUCACCACUCGUCCCACCCCUGGCGCCCUUCGCCAGGCCGGGCCCGAUUCUACGGCCAACCAUGAACACUGCCGUCAGUUAUCCACGGCCAAGCAGCCCACACAUCGCCCCGCAGUACGUCCGAGAGCGCGACAAGUCGCUCGCAUCGCCGAGUGUGGGCUCCGUAUCGGACGAGCAUACCACGGCGCCCUCGCCCGCCCCGAGCGCGCCGCUUAGCGCGGACGAUGCCGCGUCGCUCGUGGCCCUGCCGCAGGCGCCCGCGCUCAGCGUUACACAGGUCACGCCCUCGCGUGCGACCUCCGCCUCGCCGUUCCGCACGCCGUCGGAGCACCUCGCAGGCUCGAACGCGUCGUUCUACAGCCUCCCGCCUGCGCUGACCGGCUCGGGCACGUCGUUCGCGUCGCAGUCGGGCAAAAUCUCCGCAGCGGCAUUCCGGCGGCAGCAGCUGCGCAGCCCGAGCAUGCCGCCCGCCGACAUUGGAGGCGGGGCCACGCUGGCGGACACGAGCCCGCUCGUUGUGAGGAAGCGUCCGCUGCCGCAGUCGCCGACGCCACCGCCCUCGGUGCGUCCCGGGGCGAUGCCGCGUCUCCCGUCGGUGCCGCUCAUGGGGACGAUGCGGUCGGCGACGCUCGAUUCGGCAGGGAGCCAGGCGCAGGGCCGGUUCCGCUCAGCAUCGUCGGCGUAUCCAGGCCAGAGGGAUGGCGCGGACUCGUUUGCUGGGGGGGAGAGGGCCUCGCGCUCACCCGGGGGCCACGAAGAGGCUGCGGAGAGCGAUGAUGAUUAUGAUUAUAUUGAGGCGUAUGUGGGGAAUGGGAAUGGGAGGGGCCAUGGUGAGGACGAGCAUGGCAGGAUGGGAUAUGAGCGCGGGAGGUUUGCGACGAAUUUGGAGGGUGGUGGUCUGAGGUGAGGUGCAAUUUUCUCAGUCAAAAACUGUGUGUUCCGAUGUGUCCUGCGUGCGUUCGUUCGAGUCGUAUAUGUUCGAAUUGUUUUGAUACGAGCCUUGUAUAGUGUAGUUGACUCGCUGGCCGAUGUAUAUGACCCCUCCCCCCUUUCGGUACUGUACGUAUACCCCAAGUAAUCAGACGACCAGGACGGAGCUGUCCCUGACCCCUGUCAGAUAUUGAGCUACGAUGUGUGAUAGAUACCAGAGUGUUUUUGAGACGCAAGGCCUUUCUGCUGAGCUGUGAGGCCUGCU